UUUUGGUGUGAGAAUCCUGUAAUUUCAUCUAUCACUCAACUUCCUGUAUCAUGCGAAAAAGAUAAUUCAAUUACAGUAAUUUGUAAAGUGGCAAAUGAAAUCGACUGCAUAGGACUGAAUAACAGCACAAGAAAAUUUCUGAAGCGUGUACCAAAUGGAUGUGCUUAUUCAGCAGGCAUCGAUUUUGGCACAACUCUUCUGUUUUCUGUGUUUUUUGGAUGGCUUGGUAUUGAUCGGUUUUAUCUUGGAUAUUAUGCUGUAGGAUGUCUGAAGUUGUUUUCGUUUGGUUGUUUCACACUUUUAUAUAUUGUGGAUAUUAUAUUGAUUGCUUUGCAGUUAUUAGGUCCCGCUGAUGGUUCUGCUUAUCGAAUUAGUUUUUAUGGACCAAAAGCAGUACCUGUGCGUUUUUCUAAUGACACUUAUGUUUCUCUCUAUACUUGUUUUGAUUGUUUAUCAUAG